CCCCCUCUUCUCUCUCUUCUCUCUCUCUCUCUCUCUCUCUCUCUCUCUCUGCUUUUCCUUUUGGUUCCCACAACACAAAGUCACAAUGGAUCCCUCCUCCACCAACUCUGUCAAUGGAUUCUACACCUUUCUGACUCGAGGGAUCGAUGAUCUUGAACGCGUAUACCUCUCAAAUAAUUUCAUGUCAAUCCAAUUCCUUCAAAGGGCUCUUUCACUUCUCCGAUCAUUUCAUUCCCAAUUGACCCUCCUUGUCCAGAAGCUCCAUUUGCCUGUGGGGGAGAAGUGGCUGGAUGAGUACAUGGACGAGAGUUCUAAGCUGUGGGAGGCCUGUCAUGUCCUAAAAUCAGGCAUUUCUGGCAUCGAGAAUUUCUACUCUGCUGGCUUCAAUAUCACUUCUCCUCUCGAUACUCAUCGCCAUCUCACUCCCCAACUAUCUCGCCAGGUAAUUAGGGCAAUAUCAGGGUGUCGACGGGAAGCGGUGGGUUUGGAGGAGGAGAAUCGGGCACUGAUGGAAGCAAGAAUUCAGCCGCUAUCUCUGAGGUUCGAUGAGAAAGUAUCGAUCGAAUCAAAGCUGAACGGAUUCAAUGGAUUCAGAGGAGUUCUGUACGCAAUGAGAAAUGUGAGCUCACUACUCCUAAUGAUCUUGCUCUACGGACUAGUUUACUGUUGGCCGGAAUCGAAUUUCGUGAGAGGGGGAUAUGAAGGGUGUCUGUUUUUUGGGUCGGCUUUUAUGAUAUCGACGGCGAGAUUGCAGCAGAGGGUGGCCGGAGAAAUCAACCAGAUGAACGGGAGGCCUGGGAUUUUGCUGUACGAGUUUCGGAGGUCGAAGAUGGCGAUGGAGGAGUUGAGGGCGGAAUUGGAGAGGAGGGCGGGCGGCGCCUCACAGGGACUGCUCGAAUGGGAAACAGAGAUUGGAAUUACAGAAAGGGUUGAGAAUUUGAGAGCUUGUUUUGGGGUACUCAGAUCUGGAGCUGACAAUAUUGUUUGCCAACUUGAUGAUUUCAUUGAUGAAAUCGUUGAAGGCAGGAAGAAGCUUUUGGAUUUUUGUAGCCACAGGUAGACAGACAGGGAGAUGCAAAAAUAUUGUAGUUGUUAUGGUUCAAAGACCCCUCAAAAAAAAAAA